AUGUGUGGAAGAAUCACCACAAAAGUUCAAAAGCACCAUUCAUCCCCCGAUUCCGAUGAUUGUCAGUCGAAACCCUCCGAAUUUGUAUCUAAAUUUGUCCCUAGACGGCGUUCUGCCUCCCCGUCAAGGUGCGGUCGUUUCUUCGCGGCUGCGACGGCGAGGACGGCUGGAGAUCGAUCGCCGACGCUAGGGCUGCAGCGGAUCGCGACUUUCCUCAACCUGGUGCAGCUGAGACUUGUGGCAUCUCGAACGGCUCUCCGGCGCGGUGCUGUUCGUAUGUGGGGCCAUCGCCGGUGGUCUCGUCAACGGGAGAAAAGUGUUCGCGAUGAGCUGCUCGGAGGCUAUCUCAAACAAAUUUACCCGGUUACGUGUAAGGUCAUGGAAUGUCUUCAAACUGCAUCUGCAUCACCGUCAUUUGCUAUAUUACCCACCUUCCAUCGACAGUGUAAGGUCAUAGACCGUCUUCAACCUGCAUCUGUGUGA